AUGGCGGAACACUUGUCUGAGGAACAAAUUGCCGAGUUCAAGGAGGCUUUCUCUCUUUUCGAUAAAGACGGUGAUGGCAGCAUUACGACCAGGGAGCUGGGUACUGUGAUGCGCUCUCUAGGCCAGAACCCCACUGAAGCCGAGCUUCAGGAUAUGGUGAAUGAGAUCGAUGCUGAUGGUGACGGCACGAUUGACUUCCCUGAAUUCCUAACAAUGAUGGCUCGGAAGAUGAAGGAUACGGAUAGCGAGGAGGAAAUCAAGGAGGCUUUCCGUGUGUUUGAUAAAGACGGGAAUGGAUUCAUCAGCGCAGCUGAACUGCGUCAUGUAAUGACCAACCUAGGCGAAAAGCUGUCCGACCAAGAGGUAGAAGAAAUGAUCCGUGAGGCUGACACGGAUGGGGAUGGCCAAAUCAAUUAUGACGAGUUCGUUCGGAUGAUGAUGAGCAAGUGA